GGAGGGCGCUCCCGGGAGGAAGGAAGGCAGGGGAAAGGAAGCUUGCAGCCAAGAUGGAGACAGCUAAUUGCUCCGGUGCGGUCGUGGGAAACGGGGACAUGGGGUCCCAGCGGGACCGCAGCCUGCUGCCUGAGCGGCUUCAGAGACGAGAUCAAGAGAGACAACUGGAGGUGGAAAGGCGGAAACAAAAGCGGCAGAACCAGGAGGUGGUGGAGGAGAAGAGUGACUUUUUCACUAGCGCCUUCGCUCGGGAGCGAGCAGCGGUGGAAGAGCUUCUGGAGGGCGGGGAGUCCGUCGAACGGCUGGAGGAGGCGGCCGCCCGGCUUCAGGGGCUGCAGAAACUUCUCAACGACUCGGUUUUGUUCCUGGCCGCCUACGAAGUGCGGCAGGGACAGGAGGCGCUAGCGCAGCUGCAGGCCGCCUUGGCCGACCGGCGCCUUCAGCUGCAGCCCAAGAAGCGCUUCGCUUUCAAGAGCCGGAGGAAGGACGCUGCUUUGGCCACCGAAGUAGACGCGGCUCCUGGCACCCAGGCGGCGGAAGGCAUCCUGGCCUCCGCGCCGUCCGUGAAGGAGGAGGGAGGCUUGGACUCCAGCUGGCUCUGCGGCUUCUCCAACCUGAAGUCCCAAGUCUUGGAGAAGAGAGCGGAGGAGUUGCACCAGCGAGACGUCGUUUUGACCGAACUGAGUAAUUGUACGAUCAAACUGUAUGGCAAUCCCAACACCCUGCGGCUGACCAAGGCCCGGAGCUGCACGUUGCUCUGCGGCCCGGUGUCCACUUCUGUGUUUCUGGAUGAUUGCAGUGAGUGCGUGCUGGCCGUGGCCUGCCAACAGCUCCGGGUACACACUACGAGAGACACCCGCAUCUUCCUGCAGGUGACCAGCAGGGCCAUCGUGGAGGACUGCAAAGGGAUUCAGUUCGCCCCUUACACCUGGAGCUACCCGGGGAUCGACACAGAUUUCGAGAGCUCUGGUUUAGAUAGGAGCAAAAAUAACUGGGACGACAUUGACGAUUUCAACUGGCUGGCCCGGGAUAUUGCCUCCCCAAACUGGAGUAUUCUUCCUGAAGAAGAGCGAACGAUCCAAUGGGACUAAGUAGUUGUUACUCUUCUACCAAAUUCUUCCCAUGUGGGACUGACUCCAACUAAUGGGACCCCAAAGUUUACUUAUAAUUUGUCACAUAGUGUAUGUUUUCAGUAUUUAAGACUUUAAAUGGUGAUAAGCUGCUUGUGAUUUUCAUUAAAUUCGCGACAGGAAUAACACUUUGAAUUAUUUGUGCUGUUUUGAUAGUGUCUAGGAGUUAUUAUUUGACUAUGACAGUUUGAAGCCAUAUGGGGAAAAGAGUGGUUCUGUUGCUUUUUGAUUUGUGGUAUUUAAAACUUAUUGCAUGAUAAAGUAGGCCUUCAAUAAAUACUUGUUUAAUAAACGAAUUCAGUAGGUCUCUGGUAGGAACCAAUUACUGUGGAAUUACGGUAUCAAACCUGUGCAAAGUACUGUUAAUGAGAACUUUAUUGAAUUGAAUGUUUGACCUCCAUAGGUAUUUCUCAGCAGGGUUCUCUUUGGAAAGGCUCCUCUUUGGUCUUCAGCUACAUAUUAGCUUGGGCUUCUGUAAUCCAGCUAGUCACUGACUUCUUUGGGUCCAGAAUUUUAUCUUGGACUCCCAGAGGCUCAUAAGUCUUCCCUACUGUAAAACCGAAAUAAUUAUAGCUACCAAUUUUUUGUGCAUUUCAAAUGUCAUUGACACAGUAUUAAGUACCUUACUCACAUACACUUAUUAAGUCCUCAAAAUCUUAUGAGGUAGGUUAUGUUAGCACUAUUUUUUGUUGUUUUUUUUAAUCCUCACCCAAGGACAUUUUUGCAUUUAUCUUCAGAUAGAGCAGGAGAGAGAGAGGGAGGAAGAG